AUGGCGGCCAACACGGCGAAGCUGAUCAAGCCUCGCAGGGGCGGCAGCAAAGACAACAAGGGCAGGGUGUUAGCCACUGCACGGACCGCCUCGACUACGAAAAGCGGCGACAAAAGUGCUGAUCGGAAGAUUGCAAGCCAUGGAUCACAGCACAGGGCCUCACAAGCCGGAGAUGACCAGCUGCGCGACUUGUUCAAGAAAGUGCGCGAGAUGUUGGCGCGAUCGAUGAAUUACUACCACGGCAUCAUGCCUCGUGCCGAAUGCGAGAGUUUGCUGGCCAACGACGGCGACUAUCUGCUCCGCUUCACCACACGCGACGACAAUCAGAAGGGCGGUGGCGGCCGGGACCAGUUCGUCAUCUCGGUGAUGCACAACGAUUCUGUGCGCCAUAUUCCGAUCAGUCGACGGGGCACAAUGUGGUACAUCAACGAUGUGGAGCAGAAGACGAUCAGCGAAUUGAUCGAGUACCUGGAAGACAACAAGCACCCAUUGCCCACCGGCGCCGUGCUGAUGAAGAAGAUCAGACGCCCCAGCUACUACAUCAUGCACGGCAACGUCACAAAAACGCAAAAGAUCGGCGAGGGCAACUUUGGCGAGGUGUACAAGGGGACGCUGCGCGAUGACGGAAACACAGAGACGCCGUGCGCCAUCAAACUCUGCAAGGGUGACGUGACGAAGAAGGAGAUUACGGAAUUUAUGAAGGAGGCUCGCGUGACUAGGAUCCUGAACCACAAGAACAUUGUCCGUUUCUACGGCGUCGCCGCCCAGGAGAGCCCGGUGAUGCUGGUGAUCGAGCUGGCCGACAAAGGCGGUUUACAGUCCUACUGCCAGAAACACCCGGACGUGACGGGAGAGCAGCUCGUCUCCUGGGGCACCGACGGCGCCAGGGGAAUGGCAUACCUUCACAAAAUGAGCGUUCUCCACCGUGAUUUGGCGGCCCGAAACUGUCUGCUUGGCAAGGAUCUCGAGCUGAAGAUCUCCGACUUUGGCAAGUCCGAGGUGGGCUGGCGCGAGAUCAAGUGCGAGAAGCUGAAGAAGAUGCCGAUUAAAUGGUGCGCGCCGGAAACGCUGUCCGAGGGAAAAUUCACGACGAAAAGCGACGUCUGGAGCUACGGGGUGAUGCUGUGGGAGAUUUUUGGACGAUGCACCGCCGAGCCGUUCACGGGAAUUACGAACAUGCAGGCUAAAGAUAAAAUCGUGAAUGGUGACAUGGCACUUCUGGCAUUCCCUCCCAAAACCCCGGAAGUCGGUAUCACGGUGAUGAAGGCCUGCUGGACCCGUAGCAACAUCGAACGGCCCGAGUUUCUCGACCUGCUCAAGAUAUUCGCCCCCAACGAGGACUUUGAAAAAGAAAACGCCGACAAGGACAGCAAGGAAAGGGACAAA